AUGGCGCUCGAAAAAACCCUUCAAUUGCCGGCCAUGAUGGUCCUUUCGGAAUUGACUCCCGAGGGCGACGAGUUCGUGGUAUCGGAGUUUGACCCCGAAGGCGAGAAGAAAAUCGACCUGGAUGGACGACCCCAAGGAGGCCGAGAAUUCCGGAUGAACACGUUCAAGCUGCCGGGACGCGGAUCGAAGCUGUUUAUGAUGGCCACCGAGUGCGCCAAGGAGCUCAACUUUCGAGACUCGUACUUAUUGUUCAACAAGAACAAGAGUCUUUACAAGAUGAUUGCGAGCCAGAAGGACAAGGAGGCUCUGAUUGCGCUGGGGCUCCUUCCCUACUCGUUCCGAUCACGUGUCAUUGGAAUCAUUACCGCUCGUUCAAUCUACCGACAGUUUGGAGCACGUGCUAUUGUGGACGGAAAGCGAGUCACAGAUGACUACUGGGAGGCAGCUGCCAUCGAGCAAGGCUUCACUGAAUCGGACCCUGUGAUUAUGGACCGACGGGGCCAGAUCACUCACGUCUACAACCAGGAGGUCUACGGCACCCCCAACCCUCCUAACCUGCCCAAGGCCCAAAAACGAAAAGAGAAGCCCCCUGCUGGACCCACACCUGUGCCCACACAGCCAGCGACUCGCCCCUCGUUGUCGUCUACUAUGCCCCGUAUUUCAUCCGGAGGCAUGCCUGGUGCACCCAACACAGCCAACACGCUGCAUCCCAUGGCUGGACAACCCCCUCCAGGCGCUUCAGCGGCAGCUUCUGCUGCUAACUCGCUGCAGACCCCAGCUCACGUUCACCCCCACGUCUACGCGCAGCUACAGCAAUCGCAGCAGAUGAUGGGUGGUGCGGGCCCGGUUGUGCCUGCCGCUCCGGCCAUACUGGCCACUGACUCAAGCAACCAACCCAUCAACAAUGCGGCAGCUGCAGCAGCCCAGGUGGAAACUGCAAAUCUCAAAAACCUCCUGCUCUCCACCUACAUGCCCGGCACCUCGAUUCGAGGGUCUCUGGACUACCAGCAAGGUAAUAUCUCGCUGGCGUCAAAAUACAACAUUGCGUCGAUCGACUUUUUCCACGACUACAAGGCCCCCGAAAUCGAGGCGUCUUACUCAGCUCUGGAGUAUAACCGGUACCUGGGCGGCCAGCGCAAAUUCCGAAAAGACAUGUGGACGAACUUCUGGCAGAUUAAGAGCGCUGGGGAACUGCCCUCGAAGCCCAAUCUUGGGGUGCUUGACGCUAACGAGGUGUAUGCCACUUCGCAGACCCAGAUGAUGAAGCGAAAGCAAGAGAGUGUCGAGCAGGAGGCUGUGAUUGUCAACACAAAGAAGCGACGUGGCCGAGGAGGUAUUCUGUCGACUUCUACAGCCGCGACUUCAUUAGACACUCAUUCAGGAUCUUCGUCUGUGGCGCCCGAUGAGGCUGAGCCGACGUUCCAGGACGUGUCCGAGGAGCUCACCCAGUCACAACCACCCCCGCAGAUUCGAAAACUGCCCAUGGGAGUCAGCAAGGACGAGUAUCUAGAGCAGAUGUACGCCCAGGAGCAGCGGGCGCAGGCCGCAGCACAGGGCCAGGUGACAGCAGGAGGGCCGGGACAGCCAGGUGUUCCUGGUAUGCCCCUGGGAGCCAUGCAGGACAAGUCGCCCAAGAGCAGAUUCAAGCGGGCCAUGCCCGGACCUGGUGGAAUGCCUAUGGUUCCUGGUCAAGGUAUUCCUGACCAUCUGAUGCAGCAGCUGCCUCUAGACCACCAGUUGAAUCAGCAGCGUCAGAUUGCCGCUACAGGAAUGGGUGGGGCUCCGAUGGUUCCUCAGCAACUACGACACAUGGCGCAGCCAGGAGGCAUGCCCAUGCCACCACAGCAGUUUCAGGGCCAGCCCCAGGUGAACGGCGGGGGCUGGAGAGGCCAGAACUUUAUGUAA